GUUAUUCUAUUGGCUUUCUAAACUGUCACAAAAGAAAUCAAACACCUCUCCCUAACGACGAGGGGAUUGUUAUAUUGUCUUCUAAUUAAAAUGGUGGAAUAAGAGAUUUUAGUAAUUAUUAACUCGAGAAGAUCUUAUUUUCUGCAUUUAUUUGGAUAAAAGAACAUAUAAUGGAGGAUAAUGAUGAAGGAGGUCACGUGAGUGAGGAGUUUCUGUCGUGCCCUAUUUGCACUGAGGAGUAUGCCGACCCGCGUUCUCUCCCGUGUUUACACACAUUUUGUCUGACCUGUAUAUCUGACCACAUCGACGCAAACACGAAAGGUGUACACGUGCCAAAGGGGUUCGAUUGUCCGAAAUGUCAUCAGUUUGUUGAUUCACCAAAUGUUUUACAAGGACCAAGUACAUGGGCGGAAUCGUUACCACAAAACCAGUUUAUCAUUGGUUUAAUCGAGGCUGUCAAGUUAAGAUCCGAGGGCAGGAAAUGUGAUCCUUGUGAUACACGCGGAGAAAACACGUUGGCGGUCACGUGGUGUGAGAACUGCGGUGAAGCCAUGUGUGAAGAUUGUGAGAACCAGCACAGCAGCCUGAAGAUCUCGAGGAACCAUAAACAGGUUGACAUUGCCAGUAUCAAACUUCAACCUAUCAAGAGUACGUUGCUGCGGACACCUUGUCAAGAACACGAGGGCAAAUUCCUUGAUUUUUACUGCGAGGAUCACGCGCAGGUAAUUUGUUCAACAUGUGCAACCGGUUUCCAUCGACUUUGUACGAGUAUUCUUAGCUCCUCCGAGGCAGCUUCCAAACAACGCGACGAGGCUAAAAGCGUGAUGGAGAAGCUCAAACAUCAGACCAGCUGGGGUCUUCGUAUCCUUGACAACCGAAAACACGCCGUGGAAACUAUUGAAGAUGCCGCUAGUAAUGUAAAGAAACAGAUAUCUAGUAUACGUCAGCAAAUAAAUGAUAUACUCUCUUCACAGGAGGAAAGAGCGUUAGCUGAACUUGAAGAUCUGAAGAAAGCAGAGGUAAUCCAGUUCCAACGAGAAAUCGAGCGCACCCAGGAUCUUGUUAAUACCACUAAGAACGCCACAGCAGUAUUGCAAAAUUCGAUGACGCAUGGUACGGACGCAGAUGUAUUGAUAACCUACAAUAAAGCGAGGAGAGAGGGGAACUUCUGCGAGAAGAGUUUGAAGGAAGUAUCAAGGCAUAUGAAAGAUGUUUUCCUUGUUUUCUCUCCAGACCAGAGCUUGCAAAUCUUCCUAGGUACGUUGAAAGAGAUGGGGAAAUUUUCUCUCUCCCAUCAAGAAGUCCGUAUCCCGCCACCAUACACAGUCCGGGCCGACACCAUUCUAAUACCAGAGGAAAGAAUUGUUGAAUCGCGUAACGAAUCGAUGGAGUCCAACUCACCCAAGAAGAGCCAUCGUCAGAAAAGGGACACGCGAAAUAUUGACAGCGACCUCAAGAUCUUCCCGCCAUCCCCCUCUAUAACACCAGUUCCAAUACAAGAGCGGAGAAAUAAUAUUCCACAGGGCAAACUAGAAGUAUAUUUUAAAGUUCGGAAUGCUCAGGACCGUGAUAAUUGCUGUAUUACUGGCGCUGAAAUUCUUAAUGAUGGUCGGAUACUUCUGGCAGACCAAGUUCAUCGUAAAAUCAAGCUUUACGAUCCGGAUUAUCGUUGGGUUGGUGAGCGAGUGUUGUCGGCCCGUCCGUUUGAUAUUACCGCCAUUUCUUCAAGUGAGAUUGCAGUAACACUGCCAAGGGAGAAGAGAUUCCUACUGAUGCAGGUACGGGAGUCAGAUAUAACCAUUCUGGCAGCAAUUCAGACUGGGGCAAAAUGUUGGGGAAUCUCUUAUUCCAACUAUAUGCUUGCUGUCUGCUGUUACGACUCUCCCCCUUGUGUGAAGCUGAUGUCACGUGAUGGGCGCGAGCUGAAGGUCAUAAGUAAAGAUAAUGUAGGUCAUAACCUCUUCUUUUUCCCAGAAUACAUUGUCCUUGACAGAACAGCAGGAUGUAUGUACGUCACUGACCGUUACAAGAAGACAGUGAUCGCCUUGACUACACAAGGGGAGAAGCUCUGGGAAAUACGUUACGACGGGCUCAAACUGCCAAAAGGCAUCGCGUUGCAUGGCAACCGACUAUUUGUGGCGGGAAAUAAGUCUCACAAUAUUCUGAUGGUGAACACGGAAGGUGAGAUCAUGGGUGACGUCAUCGUGGAAGGAGUUAACAACCCACACAAGAUCGUGUUGACUCCAAACUCGGACAAACUGCUUGUAUCUCAAUACAACAUGACACUUAUUGAUGUAGAGAGAAAUACAGUGAAAGUAUUCUCGUUACCAUGGUAACACAAUUUAAGCAUCGAUUAUGGGACAAAACAACUUUAUUAAAUUCCUUUCUGUUAUCAAAGAGUAAUAACAUCAGAUAAAACGUAUAACUAAUGCUCAUUGAACUUCUUAGCAUAAGAUAAAAGAGGAAUCAACAUACAAGAUUAAACAAAUAUGUCUGUAGAAACGGAGGCGGAAACGAUAUAUAACCUAUAUUUGGAACUUCCAAUUUAUACGUUAGGAAAAAAACUAAAAUUUAAGAACACCGGUAUUACGGUACUAUGACUAUAUAAAUUCAUAUUCGUAUAAAGGGCAAUAUUAUACCGAUUGCGUUUAAUAUCACUAUACUGUAUGGUGAAAUCUAAGAGAAAAAACAAACAGACAUUGAAUUACUGUAUUGCAGUGCAAAAUAAAGUUCAUGAAAAUAUUGUCAUCAGCACAGGUAUUAGGUGUUAAAAUGAAGAUGUUUACAGAAAUAUAUAUAGUUGAAAAGAUUUAUUGUUUAACUACUAAAAACUGUUCAGCAUGCCAAAAAGCCUUGCCAAUUACUUAUAUUUUAGCAUAAAAGUUGCUAGUUGGGAUUAGUUUUGAAUUUUUGUUUGUAUGAUUUUGAUCUUGAUAUAGUACUUUACAAUUGGAAACAUUUUGCAAAACUAGAAAAUAAAUUUGCUGUGAUUUAUAUGUUGUUUUUUAAAAGUAAAAUUUGAAAAAAGUUAGUAUUUGGGAUA